GCAACUUCUCAAAUCUCAUUUCUCUUCUCUGUUUCGUCUCUUUUCUUCGUCUUCUAUCUUCUAUGGAAACCCAAAUCCUCUUCUCUCUUUGAAUUCUUUUGCUUGACUAAUCUGCUUCUGCCCUUCGAUUAAUGAGAAGAAACUCCAUCUGGAAGCUCAGGAGGAAGACGAGACGAAGAGAAGAAGGGUAAAAUCGUCACUGCUGCUCUCAUGGAGGUCUUGGUGGGUCCCACUUUCAGCAUCGAGGUCUCUCCUUCCCCGCCGUUCGUCAUCCCUUCUUCUCAAGAUAACCACCAUGCUUCUGCCUCGUCUUGCAUCUUCUUCAACGAGGACGAUGACGAUGACGAUGACGGUGGAAGAGGAAGCUUGAUCUCCAAUAGGAUCCGCCCUGAUAAAUCGCUCGAUGAUUCCUCGGAUAGUUCAUCGUCGAUUGGAGCUCCGGAUGAUAGUGAAGAAGAAGAACAAGAAGGAGAAGAGGAAGUCGACAGCGCCGUUUCGAGAAAAGGAGCGUUGGUUUCUUUGGAUUCUCUGGAAGAUUCUCUUCCAAUCAAGAGGGGACUAUCGAAUCAUUUCUCAGGGAAAUCCAAAUCAUUUGCGAAUCUAUCAGAGAUGAGCUGUGUAAAUAGAGUGAAGGAUCUGGAGAAACCAGAGAACCCUUUCAAUAAGAGGAGGAGAUUAAUCAUGGCAAACAAGUGGGCUAGAAAAUCCUCCCUCUACAAUUGGCCGAACCCAAAAUCUAUGCCUCUUCUUGCGUUGAACGAAGACGAAGAAGAAGAAGCAGCUGCAUCUGCAUCUGCUUCUAAUGAACAAGAAGAAAACCAACAAUCAAGCCCAUCCUCAUCAUCAGAACAAGAAGGGCAAAAUCAACGCCACAAAACACCAAAAAUCUCAAAAUUACAGGAGAGGAAGUUGAAGAGCUGUUUGAAAUCUCAAAGCUGUUUCUCUCUUGCAGAUCUGCAAGAACAAGAGUAUCAAUAGUAACCUCCUUCCUUUAGUUUUGUUUUUUCUCAUCCUUUUCCACUUGAUGGAAAAGUUUCAACUAAUCAAUAAAUAAUAUUAUAUCUUUAAUCCA